GAUGUGGACACGGUGUGUGAGAUUGACUUGGACACGGUGCGUGAGAUUGACGUGGACACGGUGCAUGAGAUUGACGUGGACACGGAUGAGAUUGAUGUGGACACGGUGUGUGAGAUUGACUUGGACACGGUGCGUGAGAUUGACAUGGACACGGUGCGUAUUGACGUGGACACGGUGCGUGUGAUUGACGUGGACACGGUGCGUGUGAUUGACGUGGACACGGUGCGUGUGAUUGACGUGGACACGGUUCAUGUGAUUGACAUGGACACGGUGCGUGAGAUUGACGUAGACAUGUUGCAUGUGCUUGACUUGGACACGGUGCAUUUGAUUGACGUGGACACGCUGCGUAUUGACGUGGACACGGUACGUAUUGACGUGGACACAGUGCGUAUUGACGUGGACACGGUGUGUGAGAUUGAUGUAGACACUGUGCGAGAGAUUGACGUGGACACAGUGGGUAUUGACGUGGACACGGUGUGUGAGAUUGACGUGGACACGCUGCGUAUUGACAUGGACACAGUGCGAAAGAUUGAAGUGGACACGGUGCGGGAGAUUGAUGUGGACACGGUUCAUAUUGACGUGGACACAGUGCGUAUUGACGUGGACACGGUGUGUGAGAUUGAUGUGGACACUGUGCGAGAGAUUGACGUGGACACAGUGGGUAUUGAUGUGGACACAGUGCUUGAGAUUGACCUGGACACGGUGCGUGAGAUUGACGUGGACACGGUUCAUUUUGACGUGGACACGAUGCGUGUGAUUGAGGUGGACACGGUGCGAAUUGACGUGGACACGGUGUGUGAGAUUGAUGUGGAUACGGUGCGAGAGAUUGUUAACUUGCAUGAGAUUGACGUGGACACGGUGCGUAUUGACGUGGACACGUUGCGAGAGAUUGACGUG